AAUGUUUGUUUUUAUGUCGACCUCGUUCCACAAAUUGCGCGACGAUCGAUGUUCGGCUUCGGAUGUUGGCGUUGGCGACCAAUCAAAAAUGUUGGUCGGUAUGUUAUGUUAGUUCAUAACAAAAAAUAAAACAAUGUUUCCUGUAUCCCCCACCAUCUAUCCCAAAUAUUUGUGAACAUUUGUUAUUUACGCGUAGAAUUUAAUGCAAUUUCUGUUUCAAGUGGACAUAUAAGUGCGCAGAUGUACAUAUUGUUAUGUUGGCUGCAUAUUUGUGUUAUUUUUACUCAUAUUUCGUAAAACAGUGAUUCACAGCAAUAUAUAAAAUACAUAAAGUACAUACUUCGUUCAUACGUGGUGGUUCGAUAGUUCACUUCGUAGUGUUCAAAGUCCAAUUUCCAAGGAAUAUUCUACAAACAUUGGGUAAAACUUUAGUUAGCUGUUGUAAACGAAUAAGCGACAAGAGUGCGUAAUUUGCAGCUCGGCUUUCGGUUCGGUCAACAACGGCUUCAGUUAGCGACAGACAUUUGCCAAUGAUAUAAGUGUCUAAUAGCCACUCGCGUAUAUAUCAACUUUUUAAAAAAAUAUACUCUGUCUAGCAUAACUGUGUACAUUCUUCACUGCAGAGAAAUCAACCAGUUUAAAUAUGGCAAUGGAAGUGGGUACAUCACCGUCUGCACUGGCCCAGUUGCAAUCAGUGCAAAAAGCCAUGGCAUUUCCCACGGUGGGAGCAGCUGUGGGGCAAGUUGGGGCAUUCUAUACCAGAGUUAAGGGUGCCCACUCGCUGUUAGAAUGGGCGUUAUCAACAGCUGAGGCCAGCGUGUCUCUUGCUGCGGCGACCGCAGCCCCGUAUGUAGCCAGCCCCCUGGCCGCUGGCGAUGCAAAGGUGGCCGCGGUCAUCGACGAGCUCGGCCGCCGCGUGCCCAUCGUCAAUGAACAGCCCAAGGUCAUCGUGGAAACGACAAAACAAGCUGUAAUUGCAAAGCUCUCGCCACAUGUUAAUAAGGUGUUUGUUGCGCGUGCGGCGGCGGAGCAGCGGGUGCAUUCUCUUAAAGAGUUAUCAUGGGCGAAGGCGAACGCUCUGCUGAGUACAGCGUACGGGCAGCGCGCGCUGCACGGCGUCGAUGCUGGCGCGUGCUACGCCAUGAAGCUGCUGGACCAGUACCUGCCGCCGGUGGAGCCGCAGACAGACCUCACCGGUCAGUUGCCUUACACACAACGUGACGUGGUGGAGUUAGAGCGCGACCCCGCGCUGCACACGGUGCAGACUGUGGGCAGGCUGAGCGCGGUGGCGGCGCGCCGCGUCUGGGCGAACCUCGCCGCGCGCGUCAACCAUCUCAGAGCUAAUGGUAUAGAAUUAGACGUGCGUCGUUAUAUAACCGCACUGCUAGCGGCAGUACACCUCGCCACCGUCACCAGCGAGCAGCAGGAGCGCGAGAGGGAGACAGAAGAUGACAGCAAGCCCCGCCCAUCAGACCCCACUCCCACCACACCUACCACAUCUACCACGCCCACCACUCCUACCACCGCAACCAAAGUCAAAUCUACACCUGAAGCCAAGUCCACUAAACCUGAAGACAUGGAACAAUAAUUUUUAUUUUAUACGUCAUUAAAAU